UUCAGACCCCAAAAAGAUUCAGAAAUUUCCCAAAUGGGAAUAAAUCUUGGGAGAGAGAGAGAGAGAGACCUGAAAAUGGCAUGUAUGAGAUAAUUACUGGAUCAGGAGCAGAGUGACAAGGAAAGAAUGGCUUAUGGCUAUCAUGCUCUUCUUUUAGCUUUGGAUUCAAGAAGACAGAAUGAUGGCUGCCAUGGGGGAGUCGGUAGAGAGUUGCAAGGGGAUAUUUUCUUCGCUCGUUCUGGAGACGAAGAAGAACAAAAUUGCUCUGACAGAAAAUAAGUAACCAGAGGGAAACAGAAAAUUUGAAAUUCUAUCAUUUGGGUCCGAUUGAUCGUCACAAUUCACCCAUUAAACAAAAAAAAGGAUUGCUUUCAAGUGGAGAACAUGUUAUUCGUAUCCAUCCUUGAGGUGUUCUUUUCCUUCAAGAGACUGUUUGGUAGGUAGGAAUGUUAAUUCAAAAGGGUAAGUGUUGGUGUCCCAUAUUUAUUUGUGUGAAUGGAUGUGAGCUGUGAAGAAACAAGUGGUGAAAACACAAUCGAUACAUACCCUUUGCUCAUGGAGAGACCUGAAAACAAUCAAAUGAAUGAGCAUGUGAUUAACAUAGAACGAGUCGGUGAUCCUUCAUCAUCCGACUCUUCUGACUACGAAACUCCUCGUGGAUUGAGUUCAUCUCAGCAUCAAGAUAGACCGUCUUCUUCUUCAUCGGUAGGAUCAAAUGCUCAGAAUCACUCUGUCACAAGGAGAGGUGAUGGGUCAAAUCGCCGUUGGAGCCCAUUUAAUACCUUGUUGUGGAUUUCCAUUGAGCUGGUUUUCACUUUAGGACAAAUUAUAGCAGCUGUUGUUGUUUUAUCCAUCUCAAGACACGAAAAACCACAUACUCCACUGUUUGCAUGGAUUGUGGGGUAUGCAGUUGGGUGCGCUGCAAGUAUUCCUCUUCUGUAUUGGCGUUAUCACCGUCGUGAUCAUGUCACUGAGCGCAGCCCAGCUCAAUUACGCCAAGGCUCACGCAGAUCGGAUCCUAAUUCUUACAUUACCUUCUCCUUGACCCAGUCCUCAGAGGAUGAGGGUGCCCAAAAUGCAACUGCAAACCAUUCAAAUGUGCUAAAUAAUGCAGCUCGAAAUGAAAGGGGUUUUGCAUAUGUUAGCCACUUCAAAAUGGCUUUGGAUUGCUUCUUUGCAGUUUGGUUUGUUGUUGGCAAUGUUUGGAUCUUUGGAGGCCAUUCCUCCUCCUCUGAUGCUCCCAAUUUGUAUAGGUUAUGUAUAGUUUUUCUCACCUUAAGUUGUAUCGGCUACGCCAUGCCUUUCAUCUUAUGUGCAAUGAUAUGUUGCUGCCUUCCCUGUAUCAUAUCAUUCCUUGGUGUUCGCGAUGAUACGAAUGGAAUGAGAGGGGCUACUGAAGAAUGUAUUAAUGCUCUUCCCACAUAUAAGUUCAAGCGAAAAAGAAGCGGGGAGAGUGGAUCUGGAGCUGAAGAAGGUGGUGUUUUAGCAGCUGGAACGGAUAAGGAACGGGUCAUAUCCGGUGAAGAUUCUGUUUGUUGUAUAUGUCUAUCUAACUACGAGGAAGAUGACGAGGUGAGGGAGUUGAUGUGCACCCAUUUCUUCCACACAGAAUGUGUGGAUAAGUGGUUGAAAUUAAACGCAUGCUGCCCGCUUUGCAAAUGUGAGAUUGGAGCUGAAAGUGAAAACUCUCCGUUGGCACCUGAACUUAGUCAACAAGUGUGAAAUGAGUGCUUCAUGAAAUAUUGAAUAGCCAUUGCUGCGACAAGGGGAAGCAGUCUUGUGGUGAUCGGUAAGCCAAUGACAAUACUACCCUUGGCAAUGAAAUCUUGAAAAUCCGAGCUAGACUUAUCAACAUAUGAUAGUACUCGGUUAGAGAAUGUUCAAAUCAGAUAUCGUGAGCUUCAAUGAUAUUUUUUUGCAUAUGAUCUUGUGAAUUCUGAGGUUGAGUUGAGAUAUUUCAAUUUGAAUGAUCUAAAGGUUUAUGUCAAAUUAGGGGUUAAAAAUGCGGGAAAAAUGCCCAGUGGCAGCGGAUCGGUGUGACAUUGCUUUGACAUU